UCGAGGAGAACUCGAUCUUCUGCGUGCACGGCGGCCUGUCUCCAGACGUCAACAUCCUCGACCAGGUCCGGGUCAUCAAUCGGGUCCAGGAGAUCCCGCACGAGGGCCCCUUCGGGGACCUGGUGUGGUCCGAUCCGGAGGACGCGCCGCAUUGCCCUUGGCGGUGAGCCCGCGCGGCGCCGGGUGGCUCUUCGGGGAGCGGCCCGCCGCGCACUUCAACCGGCUAAACGGCCUGGACCUCAUCGCUCGCGCGCACCAGCUCGUCCAGGAGGGCUACAAGUACAUGUUCACGGACAGCGAGAAGUGCCGGCGCGACAACACGGGCAUGCUCGUGACCGUGUGGUCUGCCCCGAACUACUGCUACCGGUGCGGGAACGUGGCCUCCAUCCUGGACGUGGACGAGCGGGGCCACCGGGAGUUCCGCAUCUUCAAGGAGGUGCCGGCCUCCGCUGCCGCGACGCAGCCGCGGCAGCUCGUGCCCUACUUCCUGUGAGAGCCGCGAGCGGGCUCGGGGCAGCUCUUCGGGCGGUGGCGCCGAGGGGCGUGGCCCGGGCCUCUUCCCCCCCUCCCCCCCCCCCCCGAGGGCCCCGAAUUCGUGCGCGCGCCGCCGCCCGCGCCCGCCGUCCUGCCACCCCUCCUUGGCCUCCCGGGGGUGGGUCGCCGGAGUGCGCUGCGAGGGGUGGAACGCGCUUGUCGACAUCUGCUUGUGCCACGUCUGGGAGCCCUGCGCUCCUGCCCCCGCCCGGACCGCGCCCGGACCGCGCUGCCCCGGCCGCGCGCCGAGGCGCCGCCGACCCCCCCCCCGGCGGAGGCCGCGCGCAGGGGCCUGCCCGUGCCGCC